AUGGCCGAGGCCGAGCCACCCACAAAUAAACCGACGUCAUUCACGACGGAGCGCCGCCCGUCGCGGAAGCGCACGAUCACGACGCUCUACGAAACCGAUUCGUACGUCGCCGUCGACAAGCCCUACGACAUGCGCAUCGACAAGCAGAAAAACGACGACGGCGACCCGAACCUCCAGGACCUCGUGCGGGCGUCGCUCCCGCCCGCCGUGCGGACGGAGCUGCGCCACUGCCACCAGCUCGACUACGCGACGAGCGGCGUCAUGCUCUACGCGACGUCGAAGAAGGCCGCCGCGGCCGCGCAGAUCUGCUUCCAGGAGCGCCGGGUCCAGAAGGAGUACCUCGCCCUCGUCUGGGGCGCGCCGCCGUCCCGGGAACUGGCCUGCGCGGACCCGAUCUGCCAGUCGCCCGAGGACGCCUUUCGAAUGACGAUCGGGGACGUGGACGCCGUCUGGCCCCUCCUGGACCAGGACGCGCCGAAGGCGGACCGGGACGAGCGCCGGCGGAAGCGGAAGCACUCGGGGCCCGCCGCGACGACCGUCGUCGAACUCGCGCGCGGGUCGUACCUGGGCAAGCCCGUGGCCAAGCUCCUCCUGAGGCCGGCGUCGGGCCGGCGCCACCAGCUCCGCCUCCACUGCGUCGCCCUCGGCCUGCCGAUCGUCGGGGACGCGACGUACGGCGUGGACGACGGCGCGCCGCGGAUGAUGCUGCACGCGCGGACGCUCCGGCUGCCCGUGGGGGAGGAGGGGCUCGAGGUGUCCGCGCCCGACCCCUUCCGGUCGGGCGUGCUGGAGGGGCUCUCCCUCCAAGCCGCGCCGGCGGAACAGCGGUAA